AUGACUUUUACAACAGCAUCAUUUAAUAACAACAAUUCAACAACCAAAACAAUUGAUACAUCUGCCUUUUCUGAAAUAACAUCUCAAGAUAAAAAUCAACAAAAAAAGCCAAGAAAAAUUUCAAAAAGUAAAAAUGUCAACAAUUAUAAUGGUGACAUUUCCGAUUAUUCAACAACAUCAUUGCCUGCAUCCAAUAAUGGCUCAACUCCGUCUCUAAUUAGUAUGACAGGUAUACCUACAAUGAGUAAUGGUUAUCGUGGUAAUAAUUUCAAUGGUAAUCAUUAUAAUUCAAAUAAUUUCAAAAAUGAUCGUGUUAAAUCAUCAUCAUCUUCAUAUGAUGAAAGAUUUAAUAAUAAUAAUAACGGUAAUGGUAGAGGUAUGUCAACAGGUCCACAAGAAAUAGUUAGAGAUUCAACAACACCAGAAUCAUUUUCAUCACAUGCAUAUAGUUGGCCUAUUUUAUUCGCUGUUAUACCUCCGAUGGGAGCACUUAUUUUUGGCAAAUCUGAUGUUUGGAGUGACUUUCUUUUGUUACUUUUAAUAGCAUUCUACCUAUAUAAUAUCAUAAAAGUGCCUUGGGAACUUUAUUAUGCUGCUAGAUCAAAACGUUUAAUGCAUGAAAAUGCAGUUAAAGGUCAAAUACUAGAUUCAACUCAAGAAGCCAUCAAAAACCAAUUGACAAAAGAACUUCAAUCUCAUGAACUAUCUGCUUUAAUACUUGUUAUUGCAUCUCCAAUUGUUGGUGGCUACGCAUUGCAUGGAGCAAAAACUUAUUUGACUGAUUAUGACCAAUACAUUUCUCACUUUAAUAUUGUGUUGUUUGUUUUUGCAGCUGGUAUCAAACCUUUAAUGCAUAUAGCUAGUUUAGCAAAAAUAAAAACUUUGCGUCUUCAAGAACAAAUUCAUUAUCCUAGCACAGAAGUUGAAGUAUUGAAAAGACAAAUUCAACAUUUGGAAUAUGAAUUUUCACAAAUACGCAAAGGUUUAGCGACAAAACGUGAUAUAAAUAGUAUCAGAGAUGGAUUCGAACCCACAAUUUCUCAACUUAACAAGAUGGUUAAAAAAUAUGAGAAAAAAGAACAAUACUUGCGUAAUUAUUCUGAGGAGAGAUUUGCAUAUCUUGAAUCAAAAUUAUUUGAAUAUGACAAUUUCAUUAAUCACAAUCUAAAGGAACAAGAAGCAAUGACUUUACCGCCCAGCAUGAUGCAACUGAUGGUCCUCCCAUCAAACAUUACAUUAACAAUGUUAAGCUAUGUAAAAUACUUUUUACCUAGAUCUUUAAGAGGUAAUCACCAAAAACCAAUGUUACAACCUGCUGAUUCAUCUGAUGGUGAUGGUAAUAAUGGAUUCAUUAAUAAUGAUAUUGUAAAUUAA